CUGUGCUCAGAGAUGGCGGGCGCCUCCGACCCCCUGGAAGAUAUGCUCUUUUCGGAGGUGGAUGAGAAGGCUGUUAGCGACCUGGUGGGCUCUUUGGAGUCUCAGCUGUCUGGGCAGAGCAACUCCGCGGGGAAAGCAGACGAAAACGGAGGCGCUGGCUCUGUGGCCCCUGCUAACCAUCACUUAGGAAAAACGCUCCCAGCUCCAGUGAGUACCACAACACUAGAACAACAACAACAACCUGGACGGUGGAAUAAACCUGAGAUGCGCCAGGAGGUGAACUGUAAGGACGCAAGCCCGGAUAAAACUGUCACCUCUCCGCAGCUGAGCUGCUCCUCUUCUUUUGGCGAGCCUCCCAGCUCUUCGGCUGGCUGUGUGAACGCCACUAGCAGCGGCAUUCAAUCACAUGGAGCAUCCAUCACACCGCUGACUGAAUCUGGCGUGUCAACUUUGGCAUCCCCGCAGGACAGCAUCAGCACCACAUUCAGUCGGAGCGCCAAGGUGAGCCAGUGCACAGGUGAAGCGCCCGCGGAGGCCAGCGCUCCGAGGAAACGCGUCGCGACGCCGAGAAGGAGCCCCUCGGCGCGGAUAAAGAGUUUGAACGGCGCAGCGGUGACGACGAGACGGAGCAGCAUCACAGCAGUGACCGACAGCAGCAUCAUCAGCUCCGUGGACCCGGGCGUAACUCCGCCAAACUCCACUCGAUCGGCCAUCAAUACUUCCACGUUCACUCUGUCCAACGCAAACCUCCCCGUGGGUCAGUCGGCUAUUGCUCUGGACCGGGGGACUCCCACCAUUGCCUUGCACAGACUCCCGAGUCACAUCGUAGCCAGUAUUGCCCAGAACGGCAACGGGACCAGCGUUUCGGCACUGGUCCAGCAGGGUGCUCGGAUAGAGCCCGCCACAUCCUCAUCUCCCACGGGAGAUCUCAGCAAGGCGGCCACGGACACCGGAGCUUCCAAAACAGACGACUGUCAGUCCAAUAUUGUAACGCAAAGCCAGGUUGGUAGUGUGAGCUCUGUAAUAAACACUCUAUUACCGUCUGCUUCCUGCGCUAUCACACCAGCAACAACCACUACAGCAGCUCCUACUACCACCACCACAGUGACCCAGCCUCUGUGCUCCGCUACAACAGCUGUGUGUGCCACCGCUAUGGCGACCACAUCUGUCUGUGGAACUGUCCAGACCACAGCUGUGACCUCCACCAUGAGCAUGGUCAGGCCCACAGCUCCCUCUCCAACACCUGCCUUGGCCACCCCUGCACUGUCUCAACCCCGUCCAGGGGUCCCAACGCCUCAGAGGAUAGUAGCCCCCCAGCUUAUUGUCAGACCUUCACAACAGCAGACCACCAUUCAGCUCCCCCCUGGCUUUACCAUCCCACAGGGAAUGGUGCUGGUGCGCACUGAAUUGGGCCAGUUGGUGUUGGUUCCUCAGCAGGCUUUGGCCCAAGCCCAGGCUCAAGCCCAGGCCCAGAACAACAUUUCCCCGAGACCUGCUGCUCCAACAACGGGAACGUCCUUCAGAGUAACAACACCACAGCAGUCUCCUGCAACUUCUCAGACCACAAGGCCGUGCCCUUUGACCCCGGCCAAGAUGGCACCGUCUCCCUCUCCCACACCUUCCAGCCCUGCCCUUCAGGCCUCUUCCUCCUCUUCUUCCUCCUCCUCCUCUUGUCCUGCACUCCGCCCUAAGGGCCCUGUGGCGCCGACCGUGGCAGUGACGGCUUCGCAGCAGACGCCCAUGGUCAUGACCCCCCAGGCCCAGGCCCCGCCUACCUCCCAGCCAGCGGCACAGACGCAGACGAGCGUCGCAGCGGCCCCCGGAGCGCCGGUCGUGUCCCAGGAGAUGCAAGAAAAUGUGAAGAAGUGUAAGAAUUUUCUGGCUACACUUAUCAAGCUGGCGUCUCACAACUCUCCAUCUCCUGAGACUUCCAAGAACGUCAAAGCUCUGGUUCAGGAUCUGCUGGAUGCCAAGAUUGAACCGGAAGAGUUCACCAGCAGGCUGCAGUCUGAGCUCAAGUCGUCUCCGCAGCCUUACCUGGUGCCUUUUCUCAAGAAGAGCCUCCCGGCCCUGAGGCUGUCUUUGCUGAACAGUCAGCAGUCCCUGACCCAGCCCCUGCAGCAGGGAGUCAAACCAGCAGCCGGCGGCACCCCUCCUGCCAUGGUGGCUGGGCCAGCUGUCCGCAUACGGCACCCUAACAGCGUCAGCACCACUGCGGGUGCCAGCGUGCUGCCCGCUGGGACCAUCGGACAUGCAGCUGCCAUGGGCGUGAAGACAGGAGGGACUGUCAGUGGUCCGGUCCGGAUGCCCAUGGUGAUCACGCAGUCCAUCAGACCGCAAGGAACGAUAGGGAAGGGAGCCAUCAUACAAGCAGGCAAAAGUCCCAUGGGCCUGCCUGUUCAGAUCUCUGGGAAUCAGAAAAACAAGCUCAACGACCCCGGAGGAGGCUCUUUCAGAGACGAUGAUGACAUCAAUGAUGUGGCCUCCAUGGCCGGGGUGAAUCUGAAUGAGGAGAGCGCCAGAAUACUUGCAACCAAUUCUGAGCUGAUGGGAACUCAGAUCCGGUCGUGUAAAGAUGAGGCCUUUCUCCAUCCGGGUUUGCUACAUCGACGAAUCCUGGAAACUGCUAAGAAGUUUGGAGUGACAGAGGUUCCCAUGGAAGCCGUGACAUUCAUCUCACACGCUGCACAGUCUCGACUCCGAACUGUGGUAGAAAAGGUUUCUAUCAUCGCACAGCAUCGAAUCGACUCCUGUAAGGACGACGAGUGCUACGAACAGUCUGCAGACGUUCGGUCGCAGCUCCGCUUCUUCGAGCAGCUGGAGAGGAUCGAGAAGCAGAGGAAGGAUGAGCAGGAGAGAGAGAUCCUUCUGAAAGCCGCUAAAAGUCGCUCCAGGCAAGAGGACCCAGAGCAAGCUCGACUGAAACAGAAAGCUAAGGAGAUGCAGCAACAAGAGCUGGCCCAGAUGAGACAACGAGAUGCAAAUCUGACAGCACUUGCUGCUAUUGGACCUAGAAAAAAACGCAAACUGGACUCACCAGGGGCAACACCAUCAGGGACUGAGGUCUCCAGCAGCAUGGCCGGCUCCCCAGCGUGCUCCUCUGCCCCGUCCACCUCAUCUCGCCAGUAUACUCGACAGCGCAUCACCCGCGUCAACCUCAGGGACUUGAUUUUCUACAUGGAGCAAGAGAGAGAGACUGCCCACUCCCUCCUCCUUUACCGUGCACUGCUCAAGUAGCCUCUGCUCUGCUCAGCACCCACCUCAACCUCCACCUUCUCCACCUCCUCCUUCCCAGCCACGUGCCUUCAGAUCAGGUCUAAUAUUUCUGCUCUGUGUCUCUAUAUGUACUGUAGUGAUGUUCGACGUAGCUUUUAAUACACAGAGGGUUAGUAAAAAAGCUAAAUGUUGUUCUUCCUUGUGCUCUCCGUUUAGCUUCACAGUGUGUAGUUAGAUCCUACAAUUUAAAGGCCAUGUCAUGUACUUUGUGUUGGAUUUGUUAGAUGAAGGAUGUCCAAACCUAUUCCAUGUGCUCUCGGUUGCUUCCUAUUAGUUCACACUGGUAUCAGAACCUUCAGAAACCAUAUAAGUAGGAAUUACAGACUCAGAUGGUUACUUUCACACCUUCAUGCAGACUCUUGUCUGAGCUAUUUGUGGACGCAGUUCAAUGAAUGUAGUCUAACUGAGCUCAAACGUUGAGACUUUAUGGACUUUUACUCCAGACAACAAAUUCCAAAUACUGAUGCAUCUUAAUAAGUCAAAAUGUGUUUGAACCUUUAGUUUACUUCUGAAAGAUUUGAUAGAUUCAGUUUACACAAGGUGAUACAUUUGAAGCAUUUCUUUCUGUUAAUUUAGACGAUUAUGGCUCACAGAUAAUUCAAAUGUUGAAUAAUAUCAACAAAAAAGUAUUUUAAAGGAACUAUUUCAUAUGCACUCCGGACACAAUUUGCCAUUUUAUAGCACAAUCAAGUACGGUAACUAUAUUACCAUCACUAGUUAUGAAAAUGUUGUUUAUGUCAAAAAUAACUUAAGAGGAAUUUUAACUUUUAUGUUUUUUUGACAGUGUGAAUUUGCUUCACAACCCACUUAUAGCUACACCAGUUUCUUGUGCCCCCUUUUUUUUCUUCUGCAGUGUUUUCUUCCACUAAACCUUCCAUUGAUAUAGUUGGAUGCAGCACUUUGGGAACAACUGUCUUCUGUAGCAAGAACUUCUUGUAGCUUAGCGUAACAAUUCUGAAUUAGGAAUUGCUAUUUUAUUUGUCCAUUAGUAAUAAUAAUAAUAAUUAAUAAUAUUAGUAUUAAUAAUAAUAAUGUAAAAUUUUUAUUUUCUGACUUUUAAAUAGAGUUUUUAUUAGCUGUAAGCCAUAAUCAUCAAAAUUAACAUGUAUAUUUGAAAUACAUUCCUGUGUAUAUUGAAUUGAUAUUAAUACAUGAUCUGAAUUGAAUGAAAAACACUUUUCCAAGCCACUAAGAUGCACCCGUAACAUCAUUCUGUUUACAUUUCCUUGCUGUAUCUGUAAAUAGUUCUUUUUGAAUUAUUUUACAGCAUGUAUAUUUUUAUCACAAGCUUUGUAAGAAAAGGAAGUAAUUUCUGUGUGAAUAUUAUAAAAGCUGAUGUUUUGUAAAAGAACGUGCUUUCAGAGUAUCGUUAGAUGACAAAUCCCCCCAGUUCCUCAUCCUCCGGCAGUUAUCUGCAACGACCGCUUAACAAAUCCAGACAGUCUUUAAUCGACCUUGCUGACUGGGUCAGUAUCGUCUUAUAAUGAGAAGUAAGCAGAAGGCAAGCAGACAUUCCUCUAUCAUGUUUCCCAACUUAUCGUGUGUACAUCACCUAAUGUUUAAAAACAUAUUUAACUGUUCUGUCCCUUUACCCGAGCUUUCACAGUGUCUGAAUGGUAAAGGCAGGAUAUUUGUUAUGGUGUGCAGCACUUGUAUUUUCUGUAUUUUUCACCCAGAUGAGAAACGGCUGUAAAGUUAAAGUAAUGUGGAAAAAAUAGGAGGAAGCAUUUUUAUGAUUCCAGAUUAGUUUUUCGUUUUCAUUGGACUGAUCUCUGUGACAGAAAAUGUUUUACAUACCAUAUUAAAUAUUUGCCUUUUUUUAUUUUUUAUCCUUAAACAAUCCUAAUUGUAUUAUGUAAUAUUGUCCAGUAUGUUUUUUUUAUAUAUAUAUAUAUUUAACUGGAUUUCUUGGCCUCUAUGCAGCUUUUCUUGCCAGAUUGAAAAUUUAUUUAACUAUGUGGGUCAGGGGGAUAUUUGAAGCAAUUGUUGUGCAUCAUAAAUUUAAGCAGCACUUUUAAAAUCUAUAUUACCCGACAGCUCAAAGUUGUCACUGUAUUAUAGCAAAUAGUAAGCACUAUUGCUAGAUUCUGUCAGUUUUCACCAUAUGUUUUUUGGGGGUUUUUUUGGGGGUGGGGGGUUGGCUUUUAUGUUUAACUCAUGCAUUUGAAAUCCAAAACACUUAAGAAACAAGCACAGCACUACCAAUUUGUGGUUGGUUCAGUUACAUUUUUAUUCAAUGAUUUUUAUUGUUUCCAGUGGCUUCAGAAGAGGACAUUUCUACUACUACAACAACUUCUACUACUACUACAGCUUUUUAGCCAAAAUAAGAAGACAAUAAUUCUGAUGUAAACAGCUCUUGGAAAUAGCAUUACAUUGCGAGGAUGAUUUGUAAAUAUUGUUUACAAAACUGUAUGUUUAUUAGAACCACGUUAUUUUUGGUAAGCUCUUGUACAUAUCUGGAAAAUUUCCUGUUAGUGUGAGAAAAAGAAAACUUUCGUAUUCGUACUUAUUUUGUAAAGGAAUAAAUAAGCUGUUUACUAAA